GAGAAGAGAAAGGAAAUUCAAAAGAAGAAAGCGGGACUAUCCUCUCAAGAACAAAUCCGCCCACUUCCACGCCUCGUCCAAAUUUCUUUCUUUAAAUUUGUAAUUUUCGUUUUGGUUAUUUAUUUCUGUUCUUCUUAAUGAAUUAGCGAAUGUAUUCCUUGAUGACUCGACGGCUUUGUUGUUAAUUUCCUUUUUCAUUCAAUUCUACCGCCAGUCGCUCUUUACCGUCGAGCAAUCCGCUGAAUUGGGGUUUGCCCCCUAAAUUUUCUUUUUCAAAAUUUAAAUCUCGAGAGUUUAUGUGCUUAGUCUACUUCAGGCGACAAACCCAGAAAUACUCAGUGUAAAUGGCGAAACGUAGAGCCAAAAGAACUGGUAAAGAGGUUCCAGCAUCAGCUGAACGCAGAGUAGAGGACGAUGACAAAAAGGGGAGCCGAAUUGAGGAGAAUAAAGAGGGAUUAAUCGACCAGGAAGUUGAACGGCAAUGUGCUGCGAUUAGGGCUAUCCGGGAUGUGGAAAUUGAACAUAUGCUGACUGCAUUGCGUUUACUACGCUCAUAUUGUAGUGAGGAGCAGCUGCAAACACCUGCAUUGCAAUUUUUCAAUGAAAAUCUUCCAAAUCUGUCAGUUGUAAGAAAUGCGGAAAAUGGACAGUUUGAAGUGCGGUGGAAACACGAAGAUGGUAACAUAUCCGUUCAUAAUGCGGAUGGAAGAGACAUACAUUCUUCUCUUUUACAUCGCAUGUCCAUAGCUUAUCCUCACGACGUUGGUAUUCCUUCUUUUGGUGGCUUUGAGUUGACAACUGAAACAGAAAGAACAAGCCUUCUACAGGGUGACAAUCUGCAGAUCAAGGACUUUCUUUUGGAAGGGACAUCGGACAAUCAGACGUUUGGAAUGCAUGAUGCUCUUCGAACUCCUGGGGUGACCAGCCAAAGGUUAUCAAUUGGGAUGACACCCAAAACUCUGAGGUUGCCUAAGCCUGGGGAGAUGCUUCUUUCUGUCCAUGGCUCACCUCUUGGUGUGUACAAGGAGGAUAAUAUGGAAGCUAUACGUGAGUCAGAGGAGGGGUGAUUGACUUCAAACUGUUCAGCCAGUUAUGAUGGUUAAAUCUAUUCAACUAGUGCAGGAAAUUUAUAAUGGCCCUUGCCUCAUUGUUCACCUGGUUAUUAUUGUAACUCACUGAUACUUUUGAAGAUGACCUUGCUCGUGUAGGAUGAUAGGAUCUCUGUUAUGAUAUCUUCCUUGUAAUCACAGAUAAGUUUAGAGCUGCUUUGCCAUAUUAAUCAA